AUGUCAAAUGCGAAUGAUGAACUAGCUGUACAACAUUUCGUUGAUUAUUUACGAAUAAAAACUGUACAGCCCCUACCUGAUUAUGAGAAAGCAUUUGAAUUUCUUCAAUCGUAUGCAAUGGAACUUGAUUUAAAUUAUCAAAAAAUUCAAGUUGGCAUUGAUCGACAUGUGGCUAUAUUAACAUGGUUGUCUACAAAUAAUUCGCAACAACAACAAACAUUACUUCUUAAUUCACACAUUGAUGUUGUACCGGUAUUUGAAGAACACUGGAAAUAUUCACCAUUUGGUGGUGAAAUUGUUGAUGGACGAAUUUAUGGACGAGGUGCACAAGAUAUGAAAUGUGUUGGAAUUCAAUAUUUGGAAGCAAUUCGACGUUUGAAAUUAGCUAAUUAUAAGCCAAAUCGAACUGUUCAUUGUCUGUUUGUACCCGAUGAAGAAAUUGGUGGACUAACGGGAAUGAACAAGUUUAUUGAAAUGGAUGAGUUUAAACAACUGAAUGUUGGAUUUACUUUAGAUGAAGGUAAAUAG